UCGCGGUGCGUUUGUGACUGGGUGUGUUGUGCAUGACUCGUGUGCACGGGUUUUAUUUGAAGAUAGCGUUCACCGAGGUGCUGUCCUGUUCUAGCCGUGGUGCUCAGCGACAGGACUGAUUUUAUCGCUGCGUGGCAAGAUCAAGUUGGGAUGAGCGUGUCACGCACCGUUCGAGAAGUGCACUGCUGACUUGCUCCUGCGUUUCAGUUAUGGCCGUAGGCGUGGAUUAGGCUGCCAGUGUGGACAACUCUCAGCCAAGCAGAGUGACAUCAUGAAUAUCAUGGUGAAGAAGAAGAAGUACAAGUUCCAGGUGGAUCUGGAGCUGGCUGAGCUAACGGCCGUGCCAUUUGUGAACGCCGUGCUAUUCUGCAAGGUGCACCUGCUGGACGGUGGCAAGUUCGAGGAACUGUCUUCCAGGGAGGAGGUGCGGGACCACACGGUCAAGUGGAACGCGCGCAUGUCGUUCAGCGCCAAGCUGUCGGCGCCGAGCACCACCGGCGUGCUGGACCCGUGCCUGCUGCGCAUCUCGGUCAGGAAGGAGGCGAAGGGCGGCCGCUCCUACCAGAAGCUCGGCUUCGCCACCAUCAACCUGGCCGAGUUCGCCGGCGGCGUGGGCCAGUGCCGGCGCUACCUGCUGGAGGAGCACGACCUGCGCCACCGCCAGGACAACUCCAUGCUCAAGGUGGUGCUGUCUACGACCCUGCUGAGCGGCGACCCUUGCUUCCGCACGCCGAACCCGCGCUCUGCUCACCUGCCGAGCGAGCCGCCCGAGCCCGGCGGACCGGCGGCGGCCGCCGUCGAGACGGUACGCGCCGGCACCGGCGGUCUCCAGCUGAAGGACGUCACCAAGGGCAGAGGUGACUGCGCCACGUGCGGCGUGGUGCCGGGCGAGGCGGCCGAGGGCGCGCCGCCUCCGGACGAGACGGCAGAGCUGCCCGGGCACUCACGCAACUCCAGCAGCCAGUCGGGCUACGGCAGCCUCAAGUCACAGAGCCAGUCGGAGCCGUCCCACAGCCGGCAGAGCAGCAGCUCCGAGUCGGGCCACCUCAGGACCACCAGCAGCGGCUCGGGCCUCUCGGACUACAACUCGAUGGAGCGCGCCGCCGCCGGCGACAAGCGCAAGAAGGAGGCGUCGGCCUGCUCGCGGUUCGACGCCACGCGGGUCGAUCCGGAGGACGUCAUCAACGACCUGCUGCAGAACGCCGAGCUCAGCACGGACCCGGACGAGUCGGCCGAGACAUCCGGCCUGCAGCUGUUCGUGGCCAGGGACGGCAGCACGGCCUUCACGUCCUGGUGCCCACGCUGCCAGCUACCAGCCGGUGGUGAUCAGCAAGCGGUAGUGGCGCUGCUGCUGCUGCUGCUGGCCCUAGUGUGGACGCAGGUGCUGGAGUACCGUGCUGAGCCGGUCAGCUCCACCACGGUAAGGCGGGUGGCUCCGUUCCCGCGGCUCACUCUCUGCCCCGGCCAUCGACUCGCGGAGGGCCUGAUCAUCGACCUGUACCACCAACUGGCAAACGGCUCGCUCUCGAUCGCCGCGUUCUACAACCGUACCACACUGGAGAUACUGCCCAAUAGCCAUGGCCAGCUGGAGAUUAUCAGAGAUCACCGAGAAAUCAGCAGCAUACCCCUGGCGGGGCCGCUCGGCAUCUGGCGGCAGCGUUUCUUUCUGCAUCUGGGCGAGCGGAGGUGGCGGCCGAUGCGCUGCUUGACGUUCGAGCCAAGCGCGGCACUGCACCAGAGCGCCCACAGCCCAUUCUCGGCCCGACUGCACGUGCACGUGCCCAUCCUCUUCACCGGCAGCAGCGACAAGGUGGCCUACCGGCUGUACGUGCACGGGCCGGAGGAACCGAGCGUGGGUGACCUUCCGGCGCCGCGGCUCGACAUGCCCGUGCCGGUGACACCGACCCGCGAGCUGCGGGCUGGCAGGGCCACCGGCUACCGUGUGACAGCGCGCCUGCGGCGGCUGGUCAACGUGCGCCGGCAGCCCUGUCGCGAGGAGCCGGGCUACUCGGUGGCCCGCUGUCUGAAGGAGUGCCACCUACACCAGGAGAGCCUGACGGGAGGAUAUGACAGCAUCAACGUUACCUUGUCUCGGUGCCUUACGGAGGUGUUCUUGACGCUGGACCUGGCUGCCGACGAGGUCCAGGAGGCGCUCGCCUUCACGCAGAGCACGCUUUUGGCCAACAUAGGCGGCAUCCUCGAUUGUCUCUAG